GCGGGGGACUGGCAAGCUUAUCAGUGCGUUGUCAUUCCGAGACAUUUUAUAAGUAAGCGAAGCGUACGACCGCCAUCAUUGUCCGUAGCGACCGCGCAGUGACCGGUACUAGUGUUAGCUCGAAGACAGUGAAUAAGUGUAGCGAUGUUGGCGUUUCCGCAAUGGAGAUUGGAAAUACCCAGCGAUGGGUGUAGGAUCCAACGGUGGAUGCCGGUGGAAAGGUUUGCGCCUUACCUGGCCAGGCCUGUAGCGCUGCCUCCGCUACCCCCUCAGGUGGAAGAUGAAGAUUCAUCAGGUGGUUCAUCUCCUGAACGGAACACAAAUGAGUCGGGUGCGGAUGGGGAGACGGUAUGCGGAUGGCGAGGGUGCGGCGAUCGAUUCCCGAGCGUGGCCCGUCUUUCUGCACAUGUAGCACGCGCUCACGCGCACGCACUACGGGAUGGACUUUUCUAUUGUGGGUGGAAAGGAUGUUUGAGGCCACAGAAAGGAUUUAAUGCUCGAUACAAAAUGUUAGUACAUGUACGUACACACACGAAUGAGCGCCCGCACAUUUGUAACCAGUGCAACAAGAGUUUCUCCAGAGCAGAGAAUUUGAAGAUACAUUUAAGAUCCCAUUCUGGAGAAAAGCCCUACAUCUGCCCUUAUGACGGCUGCGGCAAAGCGUAUUCUAACUCAAGCGAUCGCUUCAAGCACACGCGUACACAUACCGUCGACAAGCCCUAUUGCUGCAAAGUGCCUGGGUGCAACAAAAGAUACACAGACCCAUCCAGUUUGAGGAAACAUGUGAAAACCAACAAACACUUCACCACCGAGGAGGCUCAACGUCGCGAGUCAUCCGACGAAGUGCACAGCUCAGAAACAUUUUCGCCCGCAAGGGAAAAUAGCUCCACGUAUACUCAUGCAGAACGUUCAUCACCAUUACAAAACCACAUAGCGUACAGUCCGAUAAGAAAUACCAUAUCACCGACGAUACCUCCGUACAACCCCAUAUUGCCAACGAUGGGUACUUCAAUCUCCCCACCAGUAGGAUACUCGCCUCUGUUAACAUAUAUAAGGCCUGUGGAACCUAUAUAUCCAGUAAGGGUUCCCGCACAAGAAAUGUCAUAUUUGGAGUACACGCAAAUGUAUGACCACGCACAUAGAAGUUAUUAUUCAAAUAACGCCACAUAUCCAGUAUUAAGGCAAAGUGAAAAGAUAUACACUUAUGAGGAACGGCCACAAUUCGCUGAUGAACCCAUGGAGGAAGCAGAAGACAGAGAAAGUUACAGUCCUGUAGAAGAGAUGCCUUUGAACUUAAUAUGCACCAAGCGAAUUGAAUGCAAACCUAUUGAGGAUCUCGUCAGACGUGAUUUACCUUUAGAUUUAAGUACUAAGAGUUAAUAUUAUUUAUUAAAUUAUUUAUUUACACCCUUACAUGCUAUUUCAAUUAUUUCACAAUAUUUUUAACAGUACAAUAUGAAAUUAAGGAAAGUCAUUGAAGAAAGAUUACUUCAUAAUCCAAUACAUUUAUAUCGCAAAAAUAAACGCAUUAUACAAGGUUGCAAGUUUAUGGCACUUACUACCACUACUACUAAUUAUAAUUGCAUUAGAGUAAUUAUGAUUAAAAAGAGCUCGUAAAUUAUUCGUUAGAAGUGUAGUCAAAUAAACCGUUACACCAUAUUAUUAUUAUUAUUUGCCAAUUGUGAUUAACUAUUACUGACAAGUUUUAACCUUAUCACCUAUAGAAAUUUGAGAAAUUCAAUACAUUUUAAUAAAUCUAGACAAUAGUAGUUUAAGUAUAUGAAACAAAAGGAGUACGACCCUUUUCCCCACUGGGCACACUGGGUAUGUGCCCAGGGCCCAGGGAUGAAUUGGGGCCCCCUAGUUUAGUCCCUACUCCAUUACCAAACCAUAACAGAUAGCUACUCUACUCUCGCCUGAUACAAUCAGUCCUAACAAAUGCUUACCGACUAUGGUCAAUUUGUUCGUUUUUGUUAUUUUUUUAUAAAUGUCUAGCAAGAACUUAAACACCUCAUCACACGACGACUUUUUAAAAUUAUUUUUGGCUGGUUUGUUUUGAAGGUAUGGCAUCC